CUCUCUCUCUCUCUCUUGCAUAAUUGCAUUGUCAUCUUCUCUUCUUCAAAAGUCUCCGUUGAGUCGUUGACCGUCCCCAUCAUUUUCUCUCUCUCUCUCUCUCUCUCUCUCUCUCUCUCUCUCUCUCUGUGCCCCCUAAUACGGAGUAUUUAUCAACACACACAAAUCCCCCUGCUCCUGCGAUUAGCUGGUUUUAGUGGAUAAAUUGAUGGUAUUGAUCUAUCAGACAGUUGUAAAAUUUGCAAAAACAAAAUGGGUAGCUGUUUCUCGACCACCAAGGUGUGUGGCUCAAACAGCAACAACUCCCCUCCCGCCGCCACCACCAACGCCGCCGUCAACGGACAACGCAAAGAAAGCAACAAGCCGGCCCCAAUAACGUUAAAGAACCAAGAUGGGUCGAAUCAUAAUCAACAAAAAACGCAGCACAAGAAAGAUUCUAAGCAGAUAAAGCCGAAGCGGCAAGGUGGGAUCAUUCCGUGUGGGAAGAAAACGGAUUUCGGGUACGAUAAAGAUUUCGAUAAGAGGUACACGAUUGGGAAGUUGUUGGGGCAUGGACAAUUUGGGUAUACGUAUGUUGGGGUAGACAGGUUCAAUGGGGAUCGUGUUGCUGUCAAGAAAAUUGACAAGAAUAAGAUGGUUCUCCCAAUUGCUGUCGAGGAUGUGAAGCGAGAGGUCAAAAUAUUGCAAGCCUUAGCUGGCCAUGAGAAUGUUGUUCAGUUCCAUAAUGCAUUUGAAGAUGAUUCUUAUGUGUAUAUAGUCAUGGAGUUAUGCGAGGGUGGCGAAUUGUUGGAUCGGAUUUUGUCCAAAAAAGAUAGUCGGUAUUCUGAGAAAGAUGCAGCUGUAGUUGUACGCCAAAUGCUUAAAGUUGCAGCCGAGUGUCAUUUACAUGGUUUGGUUCACCGUGACAUGAAACCAGAGAAUUUUCUUUUCAAAUCACCAAAGUUGGACUCGCCUUUGAAGGCCACAGAUUUUGGGUUGUCAGAUUUCAUAAGACCGGGGAAGAAGUUUUUGGAUAUUGUUGGCAGUGCCUAUUAUGUUGCUCCUGAAGUUUUGAAACGUAAGUCAGGGGCGGAAUCUGAUGUCUGGAGCAUUGGCGUAAUUACCUACAUAUUACUCUGUGGAAGGCGCCCCUUUUGGGAUAAAACGGAGGAUGGUAUAUUUAAGGAGGUUUUAAGGAACAAGCCGGAUUUCCGUCGUAAACCAUGGCCAACAAUUAGUAACAGCGCAAAAGAUUUUGUGAGAAAACUGCUGGUGAAGGACCCUCGUGCAAGACUAACUGCUGCUCAGGCCUUGUCACACCCAUGGGUUAGAGAAGGUGGGGAUGCCUCAGAUAUUCCUCUGGAUAUCUCAGUCCUAUGUAACAUGCGGCAAUUUGUGAAGUACAGUCGCUUAAAACAAUUUGCUCUUCAGGCAUUGGCUAGCACAAUUGGCGCAGAGGAGUUGGCUGAUCUUCGAGAUCAGUUUGAUGCAAUUGAUGAGGAUAAAAGCGGGGCUAUUAGCCUUGAAGAAAUGAGACAGGCCCUUGCUAAAGAUCUUCCUUGGAAGUUGAAAGAAUCGCGUGUUCUAGAGAUUCUUCAAGCGAUGGAUAGUAACACAGAUGGACUAGUGGAUUUCUCGGAGUUUGUUGCAGCCACUCUGCAUGUCAAUCAACUAGAGGAACAUAACUCGGAAAUGUGGGAACAGAGGUCACAAGCUGCUUUUGAGAAAUUUGAUGUGGAUCGAGAUGGAUAUAUAACCCCUGAAGAACUUAAAAUGCACACGGGCUUAAAAGGCUCAAUAGACCCUCUCCUAGAGGAGGCUGAUAUUGACAAAGACGGUAAGAUAAGUCUAUCGGAAUUCCGUAAGCUUUUGAGAAAUGCGAGCAUGAGUUCUUCGAGAAAUGUCACUAGUCCACAUGGUCACCGGAAUUCCCGGAAAAUAUAGAUCGAAAAAGGUGAAGUGUGAGAAGAGGGUAAAAGAGUUGGAGUACUCCUUUUCCAAAGUCUUGUACUUGAAGAUUGCACGAUUCGUAAACGGGACUCUUAAUGGUUUGUGCCUCGACUGCUCACUUGAAUAUUGUACCUGUACACGUGGGGGUUUUCACCGGGGCUCUCACUGGUUUAUGCCUCUCAGCGGGACUACGGUAAAUUGUUUUGUAAUACGGUAUCAAUGGUCCUGGAUGCCUGAAAGCCACACAAUACACAUUGCAGGGCCUACAACAAAGUGUGUUUAGUCUCCGUGUGCAGUGUGUGGUACCUAGCCCUGCAGAGAAAUGGCUGUUGUUAAUGUGCUUUGGUAGUGUGUAUCUUUCAUAGUGUUGUGGCAAAUUUUGGUGGUUCGUUCCACUAUAUAUAUGGUGUGACAAAUUAAGUUUGCAGGUUGAUUGUACUAGAAUUCGUGUCCAUUAUAUCAAUGGGACGGGGCGUGGAUUCUCUCAUGCGAAGCAAAGCAAAAUGACCAUCAUAGUUUCAUUUGACUUAA